CUGCUCUCCAGACUGUUGCCUCUUUCAGGCUGUGGAGUUGUUCCCUGGUGGUUUUGUGUGAAGUGCAGGGCCGCAGGAUCCCUGCUGUGGACUGAAUAUGUUGAGUAUGUGGGUGUGUGAGGAUACAUGCACUAACAUACACACACACGACUUCUCUGUGAUAUGUGGAAGAUGAUAUUAGUCGUCUUUGCGUUUUGCAGCCACUUUCCCAUGUUCAUUUGAUCAUAUGUACGUGUGUGUUGCAUGUGGGAGCUCUCUCUCUCUCUCUCUGUGUGUGAAUCUACUCAUACAGUGGUGUGAAGCAGCUGGUCGGUGGUUAUCUGUGCAGCAACACACUCGGUGAAAAUUACACCCGAUUUUAAAUGUCGCUUGUUGCAGAAAUGGUUUAAAAUGGCGCAACAAUGGGAGGUACUCUGGCUUUGAAUCAUACCCGCUUGCUGCUCCCAGCCGUGAAAUGUUUAGGGACAAACAGCAACAUGUGUAAACAACACACUGCGUUACUUCGCUGUCCGUGUGUGAAUACGUGUUUCUUCUACUUUUCACAUUGUGGAUAUUCUCGCAUGUGACAGAAAACGUGUUGUUGUGGGUUUACAUGUGUGUUUGGUGGAUGUGCGUGUGAGUACGUUUGGUUGAGAUGUGGACAAAAGGGUUGAACUGAGAGCACAGGGGCAGACCUUUUCCUGGACGUCAUUUUCCUUUUUUUUUUAAGCGGCUCUCAUGUUGGAGGGAUAGAGUAAUGUGAACAGGACUUUUUUUUUCUUUCUAAGAGUGGACACAGCACCUGGUUAUGGAGAUAGUGAAGGUGUGGAGCGAGGAUGGGGCCGGUAAAGUGGUGGAGAUCCCGGCAGACAUGACGUCCAGAGACGUGUGCCAGCUCCUGGUCUACAAGAGCCACUGUGUGGACGACAAUGCUUGGACACUGGUGGAGCACCACCCCAUCCUGGGCCUUGAGAGAUGUCUGGAGGACCACGAGCUGGUGGUUCAGGUUCAAGCCUCCAUGAGCAGCGACAGUAAAUUCCUCUUCAGGAAGAACUAUGCCAAAUAUGAAUUCUUCCGAAACCCCCUGAACUUUUUUCCAGAGCAUAUGGUGGCCUGGUGUCAGGAGUCUGACGGCUCGAUCCCUCAGUCACAGCUCUUACAGAACUUUCUAAACUCCAGCAGCUGUCCAGAGAUCCAGGGCUAUCUGUCCGUGAAGGAGCCCGGCCGCAGGUCCUGGAGGAAACUCUACAUGUUCCUGCGGCGCUCCGGGCUUUACUACUCCACUAAAGGAACGUCCAAGGAGCCCCGACACCUGCAGCUGCUCUCAGAUCUGGACGACAGUAACAUCUUCACCAUCAUCUCAGGCAAAAAACUCCACAACUGUCCCACAGACUUCCAGUUCUGCAUCAAGUCCAGCAAAGUGAGGAGUGACUGCAAGGAGCUGAAGAUGCUGUGUGCCGAGGACGAGCAGAGCAGAACCUGCUGGAUGACGGCCUUCAGACUGCUCAAAUAUGGGAUUGUCCUUUAUCAGAGCUACAACGUCCCCCAGCAGAGGAAGUCCAAUCUUUCGCCUUUUACAGCACCUGUGCGGAGUGUGUCUGAGAACUCUCUGGUGGCCAUGGACUUCUCCGGGAGGACCGGGCGGGUCAUCGACAACCCCCUCGAGGCCCAGAGCGCCGCCGUGGAGGAGGGACAGACGUGGAGGAAACGGAGCCAGCGUAUGAAUGUCCUGGGCAGCUCGAGCCCCCUGCACCCCUCUCUGAGCACAGUGAUCCACAGGACACAGGUAUGGUUCCAUGGUCGCAUCAUGAGGGAGGAAGCCCACAAAAUGAUCAUCCAACAAGGCCAAGUAGACGGGUUAUUCCUGUUGCGGGACAGUCAGAGUAAUGUCAAGGCAUUCGUGCUCACCUUGUGCCACCACCAGAAGAUCAAGCACUUCCAGAUCCUACCGUGUGAGGAAGACGGUCAGGUGCUCUUCAGCCUCGACGACGGCGCCACAAAAUUCACCGACUUGAUCCACCUUGUGGAGUUUUACCAGCUAAACAGAGGGGUGCUGCCCUGCAAGCUUAAACACCCGUGCACCGCCGUGGCCUUGUGACACUCCUCAACCCCGACACCUCCACCCCCUUUUUUUGCACACCUCUCUCUAACCCUGAGAUUCCGCCGCCCCCAUCUGCCCCUUCCUCACCGACGAAGGUGAGGGGAUAGAGAAGUCGAGUUUGAGGAUGUGAACUCGCCGGGCAUUGGAGAUUUUUCUGAUUUCCCCCAAUGUGGCAGCGCUUUCCUCCAGGCUUUCCGCUGUCUGGUCAAGCGUUGCAGAUCGAGGACCCGGCAGUCGGCCAACGUUGUCAUGGAGACUCGACUGUUUUGUCAUUGCUGUUGGAGAGAGGCCAUGUGAUGUGAAAACACGAGACGGCGAAAGUCUGUUUGCAGGAUGGCUGCGGGUCUCUAGGAUGGACCCCUCCCUCACCCUUUAACCUCCCACAUCCUCCAGGCCUGAUAAGCUGUGGUGCCCGCCCCACCCUCAGUCCUUCGAGGGGGGGGGGGGGGGGGGGGGGGGUGCCACCCUCUGACUUCCUCAUCAAUCAUUAGGGAUGGACGGGGAACCUCUCUGGAUCUUAUCAAACUCAAUCCAGGAGUUUCCUCAACCUUUGCAGUCCAGUCUGGAUAAGCUGACACCCUGUCCCCCCUUCCAAAAACAGAGUCGAUGCAGCCUCUCUGCUGUCCCACAAUCCCCUGGUGCAAACUCCCUCCCCCCCCCAUAUCCUGCCCUCUCCUCCUCCACAGAAGCUCAGAGAAAAAUUGGGCAGAAAAGUAGCUGAGAUAAGCAGAGCAGUGGCGAGGGUUUGCUGAAAGGACAGAGGAAUGUUUAUCAGGAGAGGCUGCAACAAGCCUCUCUUGUAGAAUUGAUUACUUGAUGUCAUUUUAAUGCUGUUUUUAUUACUGUUGAUUCAAUGCAGAACUAGUUUUGCACUCCCGGGCGGACAGACGACAGCUGUCCUCUCUAGCUAAAUGAGGCUGUCUGCUCUCCGUUCGUCCUCCUCCUCCUCCAAACCUUCCCCCCCUUCUGAAAAGCAUGCUAUGAAUUUCCAGCAGUUCUGAUUGGAUUACAGUGGCGUGGGAGCAAAGUUAGGCCCAGCAGAGUUAGGGCUGAUUAUGCCGUGCCUUUCAGAAAAAGGUUUGGGGAUAUUUUGGACCUCCGUGUGGCAACAAUAAAAAAAACGAAUGUGCGUCUCAGGACCAUGAGGAAGAGGGGGAAGACUUUUAAAUAGACUCCUGAAAAGUGUGUCCACCCCCAGGCUUCUACCAUUUUUAUUUUAUUUUUUAAUCUAAAGGGGUUAAAUCUCUUGGUGAAUUUGUCUUUGAAUGUCAUUUUUCUUCUCCUAAGUCUCUUCUGAGCUCACUGCUUGCACAUUUUAAUUAUUGAUUUGAUAUUGAUGGUUGGAGCUGUCAUGUUCGGAUUCUGACCACUGUUCCUUCACUCCAGAAAAGACAAAUCAACAAAAGCACUCCCACACCGUUUAUCCUUUUUUAUUUCUUUCUUUGUUUGUUUUAAUAUGGAAUUGAUCAAAUGACUUGAAAUGUGAACUCAGUAGAUUGUGCGUCAACACACAGUGGAAUGAGAUUCACUCGCCUUAAGUGAAAAUUGUGAGCCUUGUCUAUGAAAUCGAAGCUAUAUAUUAUAAUGCACAUACAGUAACAUAUUUCAGAUUUCAAGAGGAUGGAGUGGUAUCAGGAUAAUGUAAAAUGGCCAAGAGUUAGAUGGAAAGAUCGAUACCACUCUCAUGUCUGUACGCUGAAUUUAAAGCUAGCAAAAAGCGGCUAGUUAGCUUAGCACAAAGACACAACAGCCAGGCUCUGUGUAAAGGAAACACAAAUCCAGCACAUCUGAAGCCAGCUAAGCAACACGUUAUGAUAUAGCAACAUAUCUCUGUCUGUCUGUAUGUCUGUGGGUAUGUAUAUCCACAUGUCUCGAGAACGAUUUAUCCAAUCUGCUCCACAUUGAGCUUUUUUGUAUUUGGGCAAAAAGUGUCUCUCUCAGAAAAAUAAUUGGCCCUAAAUGCCAGGCCCAUGUGUGCAUCGAUUUGUUUCGACCAACUCCGUUUUUUCGUUAUUUUAAACAGAACGUUUCUGGACCAAGCUAAAAUAAUUUGCUUUUUAAUUUGUUAGAGUUCAAUACUGUUAAGCUAUAGCUUCCCCUCAAAGAUAGCCUAAAUUCCUUGGGUAGGGUUUAUAUUACAAAACAUUUCAUAUCUUUUGAACAAUCGCUAAUGCAACCACAUUUGGUGGAGAUGUAGAUAUGAUACCUGAGUGACCAUGACUGACAAAUGUGGCGUCAUUUGACAAAUAGAUGGCGAUGUAGCAGCAUCAUUUAUCUAUAACGGAAGGAAUCUCUGUCUGUGUAUGCAUGCAUGUCCCUUGCAUAUCUAAAGAAUCAUUCAUCCAAUUGACUUCACACUUGGGGGGUGUUUUUAUGAGGACCCAAGAGAGUGCAGUGCCGAGUCUGAAGUUGAUUGGAUGGGCGGUUCCCGAGAAAGAUACUAUCAGCCAUACCAAGGUCCACUAGUCUUUGUGGUCUAACCCGGGGUCAUCUGCUCGAGUAUUUCUCUACAUUGACUUCCUUCGCUACGUAAACUAGCUGUUGGCUAUUAGCUUCAGAUUUAAAGUGCUGACCACAAUGCCUUUAUUGGGAUAUCUUUGACCCUUUCUUUUUAGAUAUGUAUGACCUGGGGUCCAGUCUCUCAUGUGUGAAAUAAACUGAACUAAAGACAUGACAUUGGUAUCAAUCUAAUCUAAAUCUUGGUAAAAUAGCCAAUAAGUUCUUCUCCCAAAUUGUCUUCUCAAAAGUAAAAGUAAACUUGAAACAGAUUCAGAAAACAGCAAGUGAUGCAAACGUGCAUUUCGCUGCCUAUUUUCUGGUUUAGUACUGUACUUACCUUAUGUCUGCAGGUUAUUGACUAAAACAUCAUGUUCACUUAUUUCCAGUAUCUUCCACGGGAGAUUGAUAGCAUCAGAGGUGAACAUCAGGUUGUGGUGUCAGUCCCUCACAAUCAGACAAAAGGAUGUUUUUUUAUUGCAUAGCCAUUUAAAACAAAUGUAGAAGGAUACAGUCAUGAUAGAGUUGGAAGAAGCACUUUUGCCACCAGCAGUAGCCUCAGUUAACCAGAAUGCCUUGCAGCCAUCGUACGAGUGUCAGCAAGGGCCCAUACAUAUCAUUACUUGAUAAUUCAACAGAAAACUAAAUGGCACCUAUUUGGAUGAUCAAUAACCUUUUUAAAGCGAAUACUCUCGAAUAAAAUAUAGUAAACUGAAUAUCUUGAGACUCUUGGAAGGACAAACAAGCGAUUUCAAGACAUUCUUUUUCAUCCAUUCAUCAUCCAAAUUAACAAACGUAUCAAAAAAGAAGCAAUAAUUGCAGCGUUACAUAAUUUAGCUAGCUAGCUAAUGUGGCUAACGGCCAAUAUUAAUGAAACAGCAUGUUCAAGCCUAUUUCUGGUGGUUGUUGCAAAGCAUUCUGGGAGAUUAAGUAAAAAGGAUACAAGGUGGAUUCAAAUGUGGUCAUCAAAUACUAGACUUAUAAUUAAUCACUAACAAAUCAAUCUUAAAACGGUUAUGUGUAGAAUUUGAAAAAUCAAACUUUGGCACCCCCUUGUGGUCACAUGGAAAACACAUUCUCAAAAGAAAUUCAAACAUUGUGGUUUCAACAUGUCAUCUGAGUGGAUGUUCUCUAUUUAAAUAUGUCCCUUUCUGCCCUGUGGGCAUCCAAAAGACAAGAGAGACAACCCCAUAUCAUAGGAAGAAAAAGACUGGAGUGGAGGCAAGAGAGGACAUUUUUGAAGUUCUGUUGUCUUUCCGGCCCAAUCCUACUGUCGUGUGACCAGCGAGUGAAAAUACUGCAGGCAUGUGACAUACUGUAACAGCUACUUAGCCUCACCUGCACCUCCUCUUCCUCCUGUGCCAGACUCUCAGGGUUAGCACAUGGCCGUCAGACUCCCCGCAGGGCCAACUUAACCCUUUCGAUUGACUCACUGCCAGCACCAGUCGACCAAUCACGUGACUUGAAUGACUCAGUAGCUCUGCGCUCCACCAAUCAGGCCUUUUUAGUCAGCCAGGGCAGACUCUCCCCAGGGAUUGGAUAAUGCUUGAACCCCCCCCUCCCCCCCUUUCCCACCUGUGUCCAGCCUGUUAAGCUAUGGUGAAUAUGUGUGAGUGUGUGUGGAUGUGUGUGUGUGGCUAGACUGUUAUAUUCACUAUUCAGGAUUCUUCUGGUUAUCAUUACUUGCCUUUUUAGAGAGGAAGGUUGCUUGUCGGUUGGGUAAAGUCAAGCUAAGCCGAGGAUUAAAGGAGGCAGGAGCAUUCCCAGUUUUUAAGUGUGAGGUUCAUUUCCUGUCUGUUAGAGAGGGAGGAAACAACCGUCCGCCCUUCAUUUUUUUAAAUCACUGUGCUAGAAUGCAAUCCUAUACACAAGCCCAAGUAUAUGAAUAUACCAGUAUACAGUAUGUUUUCUAAGUAUGUGAAGCUAUGGAAGACGUAGAUCUAACACUGUACCUAGGUCACAGAUCACUAUGUAUGGGGCGUUAUGCUUUUGCUCAUAACUCCGUGUAAAAUGAAGAAUGAUUUAUUUAGUCCUUACUUUCCAUUAUUUGUGUGUAUAUUGACAUUACUGUGUUUUUUCUUUGGUUUGACACAAAACAAACUUUUAUAUAAAUAUAAAAAAAGAAUAUACCACAAUAUAUACAGUAUUAAAUUAAGCUGUUUCUGUUUUUAAGAGAUCAAACUGGAUUUUUGGCACGUGUCAAAUUUCUGAACAUCAGUGGUGUGUAUAAGCUGACUGCCAGCAUCCGAUUCUGAUGCCAUUUUCUUUUAAAACCACGUGUUUUUUCAAAUGUUCCCGCUUUGUCAUUUAAGGAAAACACUCCUGUAAAUGAUUGGAUUUUACACACAUACACACACACACACACAUUGGUGUUUUCUUCACCUGAGAGCACACGCACACCUAACGCCUAACCCUUCAGGAUAUUCUUAGCAGCUUUUAUACACCUUUCCACACAAUUAGUGCAAUUAUACGCUGUAGCUCAAGAGGGUUGUGCAUUUUACUAUGUCCAUUUACUCAGAUUUUUAAGGUGCAUAACAAGACAUAUUUUUCCUUAACUAAGCCUAUCCUUGCAGCAGGUGCCUCUUGUUUGUGAACGGCAUCAAGUCCUUAUUUGCCAUCCGUCCACUCACUGCGUUCAUUUUACAGUAAGCUAUAACUGUGAAGCCUACUGGAACAAAAUCCUAAAUUCAGGUCACAUACAUCCAAAAUGGUGACUCACAGUGCAGGUGAAACUGACUUUAUGUUAGUUGUGUUUUCUUUUAUUAUUUUUUUAGAUUGAAGUCAUCAUAAGCUGAAGUCAAAUAGACAUUUCAGGGAAAGAAAACAAAGAGCGAAUGAACCGUGAUCAUUUUUUCAGAAAACCCCACUGUCUUUUGCUUCAUUCUGUCUGUGCGGCUCCUGGAUCUACAUUGUAUCCUGUUCAGGUAUUUUUGUACAAAUAAGGGACUGAUAUAUUCUCUGUUAUUGGAAAUUAGAAUAAAAGACAACAUUGCUAUAAACCAAAAA